GUAUUUCCUGCUGCAGACUCCCUCGAACAGCUGUACGGCGUUCUAAUGCAAAUGCCUCUCUCCUCCGCGCUGUCUGUCGCCGCUGCCGCCCCUCCGACUAGGACCGGGAAGGGGCAGCAGCUCCGGAGGCCGGCUAACGCGCAAACAGCCAGUGUGUUUUGACUGAAGGGGUUUAGGGCAAGGGGAGCAACAACUGCUCGGGAAAGGCAGGGGGCUGCUUGCCACUGACAGAGCACAGCCCACCGGGCACCGAGCCGUGCCUGGGAGAGACUUGGUGACGGUGACAGGUCGGAGGAGGGGGCAGAGGAAACGUGUCUGGCCCCACAGAAGGAUCUUUACAUCCAAGACCGGGGGAGGGAGGCUGGCAGCCACCGCCGAGCUGGGCAUCAUGUCAGACACCCGGUGGAGAGGUGUUCAGAGGAACUUUUUACUAUGGUGAGGAGGAGGCGGUAAGGACAUGGGAAAUUUGCUCCACUGAUCUCCAGCAGGAUUUGGGGCAGGGGCUCUGUCGGCCCGAGCUGUCAAAGAUUACGCGUUGAGAAGCAGGGCUAAAGAAAGUCAGCAGGGAUUCCCCAGCAAUGAUUCCUCUGGAUUCCUGGGACCACUGCUGAGGAGCAAAACCAGAUGCCUCUCUGCCUCCUGUCCCACUGCUCCACUUGGUGACUUACAGCCAUCAGGGAGUGGCAGGUGGGCAUCAGGAAAGAGCGGGCAGGACAGAAGAAAACCCCUACUGCUCAUGCCAUGAAGGAGGAGAAUUUUCUUCGUCGCAGGUUCUCUCUCUGUCCUGCGUCUUCCACCCCUCAGAAAAUUGAUCCUCGCAAGCUGACACGGAAUCUGUUCUUCGGAGCUGAUAAUGAGAUCUACCCACUCAGCCCAGGAAAAGACAUGGAAGGAAACAGUCUGUCAGUGCUGAAGGAUGAGACUCCACAGACUCCAAUCUCCAUUAGUAAGACUGAGUAUAAGCUUUGCAAUGGGUCUGAUAAAGAGUGUGUAUCUCCCACAGCCAAAUUUACUAAGAAGGAGACAUUGAAGGUACAGAAGAAGAAUUACAGACAGGAGAAGAAAAGAGCCACCAAGCAACUCUUCAGCGCUCUAAAGGAUCCCAGUGUGGUGAUUAUGGCAGACUGGCUGAAGAUCCGUGGGACCCUGAAAAGCUGGACCAAGCUGUGGUGUGUUCUGAAACCAGGAGUGCUGCUGAUUUAUAAAACACCAAAGAUCGGUCAGUGGGUGGGCACCAUCCUGCUCCAUUCCUGUGAGCUGAUUGAGAGACCCUCCAAAAAGGAUGGCUUCUGUUUUAAACUCUUCCACCCUUUGGAUCAGUCCAUCUGGGCUGUGAAGGGCCCAAAGGGAGAGAAUGUUGGUUCCAUCACUCAGCCUCUUCCCAGCAGCUACUUGAUCUUCAGAGCAGCCUCGGAAUCAGAUGGCCGAUGUUGGUUGGAUGCUCUGGAACUUGCCCUGCGUUGCUCCAGUCUCUUCCGACUCAGCACCUCCAAACAGGGGAAGGAUGGAGACCUGAACUGCUCUUCUGAUUCUUCACAUGCUGGGCUGUAUAACCUGUUGCACACAGCCACCAUCUCUGACCAGGAGCUCUUCCAUUUUAAUGAAUCAGCCCUGGAAAAUCACCACGUGGAAAAUGAUGCUUUUUCGGACAAGUCUGAGAGAGACAACAUAGAGGAGUCUGAGAAUGAAACUCAUGAGAACAGCCGGAAGACGAAUGAAAGUGAGAGUGACCAGUCUGAAAUCCAUGGGGAUAUCUCCCAGGAAAGGAAAGGGACGACCUAUAUGGAGCAGAUCUAUGAGGAAUUUGGGGAGCCUCCUGGAUGCAGGACAGUCGAAAACUGCUCUGUGAGUUCAGAUAUUUUACAGACGGGUGAAUCCUCUCAAACAGAAACGGUCUCGGAAGAAAACAAGAGCUUGAUGUGGAUUCUGCUGAAGCAGCUGCGGCCUGGAAUGGACUUGUCCCGCGUGGUUCUGCCCACCUUCAUCCUGGAGCCACGUUCUUUCCUCAACAAACUCUCUGAUUAUUACUACCAUGCUGACCUACUUUCCCAAGCUGCGCUCGAAGACGAUCCAUACAGUCGAAUCAAGCAAGUGUUGAGAUGGUAUUUGUCAGGCUUUUAUAAGAAGCCAAAGGGAAUAAAAAAGCCAUAUAACCCCAUUUUGGGAGAGACCUUUCGCUGCUGUUGGUUUCACCCACAGACAAACAGUCACACGUUUUACAUCGCGGAACAGGUAUCUCAUCACCCACCAGUGUCAGCCUUUCACGUCAGUAACAGGAAGGAUGGGUUCUGCAUUACUGGCAGCAUUCUCGCCAAGUCCAAGUUUUAUGGUAACUCACUUUCUGCAUUAUUGGAUGGGAAAGCCAAGCUUACGUUUCUAAAUAGGGGUGAAGACUACAUCAUUACAAUGCCAUAUGCCCAUUGUAAAGGAAUUUUAUACGGUACCAUGACAAUGGAGCUUGGAGGGAAAGUUACUAUCGAAUGUGAGAAAAGCAGCUACAGGGCAGAGCUGGAGUUCAAGCUCAAGCCCUUCUUUGGUGGCAGCACAAGCAUUAAUCAAAUCUCUGGGAAGAUUAAAUCAGGAGAAGAAGUGUUAGCAAGCCUUGAUGGACACUGGGAUGGGGAAGUGUAUAUAAAUGACCUGAAAAAUGGGAACACUGAAAUAUUCUGGAACCCAACCAGUGAGGUGCGGCGGCAAAGACUGAAACGCCACAUUGUGCUAUUUGAAGAGCAAACAGACUCUGAAUCAGAGAGACUCUGGCAGCAUGUAACAAGUGCAAUAAACAAAGGAGAUCAACACAAGGCAACUCAGGAGAAAUUUAUAUUGGAAGAAGAGCAGAGGAACGCUUCGCGGGAGCGGAAGGAGAAUGGCACGGAGUGGAAGCCACUGCUCUUCCGACACGAUGCUGCUACCAACGAAUGGCACUACAAAUAUGAAGAUUUAAGACCCUGGGACCCUCUAAAUGACAUUGCCCAGUUUGAGAAAGAUGGGAUACUUCAAACCAUGGAGAGGCACCUAUCCACAAGGAUGUUGUCCCACAAAACCAUGUGUAUAAACAACCAAGUUAUACGACACAAGAGAUCUGCGAAAGAAUGCAGGCGUCGUAAAACCAGUGACCAACCAUCCAAUCACAGCCAGAACACUGAGAGCAGCUGUUCAACACCAGAGUCUGUGCAGGAACUGUCAGACGAUGAUGGUUUUGAAAGUCCAUGUACUCGGUGCGGAAAGGAAAUGAAUCACCUGAAGGAAAUCCACAUGACUGUCUUAUCCCUACAGAAAGCCCAGCAGGACAUACACAGAAACCUCACUGCUCUGAACAAAAAAUCUUUCUACAGUAAAGCCUCUUCCGAAAACCUCCUCCUGGACUCUCGCUGCUGGUUUCUCAUUUGCGUCUUUCUUACAUGUCAAUUGUUCAUUAAUUAUGUCUUCAAAUAAAAGCACUACGUAUGGCAGCAAUAAAAGUUACUGGCUGCAGGAGGGGGACACUCGCGCAAGGAGCCCAUCGAGGCACCAAGCACUUUAAAACCAACGCAGCAGAGAUGGAAGAAAGAGCCAGGCUAAAAGGGGACCCAGGGAACCAACAGAGUUUAGUUCCUUCAGAUUGUCAUUUGCCUUUUUACAUGUACAUCUUCAAGGACCUCUUUACCUGUACGGGCCUUAAUGCUAAAGCCAAAUGUAGCUUUAAUUGUGCAAUUUGUUUUCUAUGUCUUGUCAUUUUCUGAUGCAAUCCAUAAUUACCAAGCAGUAUUGGUGCCCCAAUAAUGGCAAACAUCCACAUGGUUUUAGAAUGGUUCCAUUGCUUUGUUUUAUAGCUCUAAGGGUUGGGGGAGGUGGGAAGGGUUCUUAUUGUCCAUUUUCAAGAUGUCUGUUGGGUACAUUCAGUUAUGGGAGGGGAACAUCAGACGGUCCAAAAAUCCAACCACUUGGUUAUUGGUCAUGGUUUCUCCUGGAUCUUGCUGUUGACACACACACAGUUGGACUUGAAAAUGUGCAUGACACUCCACUGCACAGAGAUUGUAAAUAUGCACGAUUUCCUAAAGUUGCCACCUUUAGGAAAUGGGAAUCAUUCAGUAAAGCUCCUCAUUCUGUUACAGAGCCGAUAAUGUCCUGAACUAGACCCACUGAAUCAAAUGUCAGACAUAUUUGUUUAUAAAUCCUGGUCACUUUUUUUUUGGCUAUAUGGCUGUUUUUAUAUUAUAAUAACACAAGAAUUGUACAGAAUUCCUCUGAAAUUUCCCAUUGCCCCCUUGGAGAGGGAGCAAGUAUGUGUGUUCGAUCGUAGGCACAUCUAUUAUUAAAGGUCAGGAAGGGUAAGGGUUUUGCCACUGCGUUGUUAACUCUGUUAACAGUCUUCCUAUUUUACACCAUUUUUUAAAAGAUUUGCAAUAUUCUUUGUAGAUUGCAGUCAGUACUAAGCCUUUAUUUUCUGGCCUGAAGUAGUUCCAAGUGGUAAGUACUGCUAUAUAUACAGCCUUAAAAUACUUAGUGAUGGUGCCAGACUGGCAAACUUUAAAUGUAAAUGUUUCCAAAUUUUUAACUACAUUCCUUGUCAUGUUCCCCAGUUAGGGGAAACCUGUUUGUGCUUGAUAUGUUGAAAUAAAAUUACACCGAACUUUCAA